AUGAAGAUCUCGACGUCUUGGCCAUCCUUGCUGGCCACGAUGACUUGGCUCAGCGGCGCCAGAGCAGACAAUCCCAUUGUUCAAGACAUCUACACCGCAGAUCCAGCACCACUAGUCUACGGUGACCGUGUCUACCUAUUUACCGGACACGAUGAAGACAAUGCCACCACCUACGACAUGCGCGACUGGCGCUUGUUCUCGUCCGCCGACAUGGUCAACUGGCAACACCAUGCGUCACCCAUGAGCCUGGCUACUUUUACCUGGGCUUCAGACAGGGCCUGGGCCGGCCAGGUGAUUGCCCGCAACGACAAGUUUUACUACUACGUCCCCGUUAGGCACAGCGGCGGCCGCAUGGCUAUUGGGGUCGGCGUGAGCGAUAGCGUCACUGGCCCCUAUGAGGACGCCAUUGGAGGUCCCCUCGUUGAGAACGGGGAGAUUGAUCCCACCGUCUUCAUUGACGACGACGGCCAGGCUUACUUGUAUUGGGGCAAUCCGAACCUCUGGUAUGCCAAGCUCAAUGAGGACAUGAUAUCCCUCAGUGGCGGCGCCACGCAGGUCGAGCUCACUACUGAGGGCUUUGGCACGCGAGAAGGGAAUCCAGACCGCAAUACGACCUUUGAGGAGGGACCCUGGAUAUACAAACGCAAUGGAAUCUACUACCUCGUCUACGCGGCGAACUGUUGUGCAGAAGAUAUCCGCUACUCGACUGGCCCGAGUGCUACGGGCCCUUGGACGUAUGGCGGUUUGAUCAUGGCAGCAGAAGGCGCCAGCUUCACCAAUCAUCCAGGGCUCGUCGACUUCAAGGGUGGUUCCUAUUUCUUCUACCACAAUGGUGCCCUGCCUGGUGGCAGUGGUUUCACCCGGUCCGUAGCUGAGGAAAGCUUCGCUUACAACACCGACGGCUCCAUUCCACUUAUUCCAAUGACCACGGGCGGCCCAUCUCAGGUCGGAUACCUCGACCCGUACGUGCGUCAAGAGGCCGAGACAAUGGCAUGGUCUGUGGGCAUAGAGACUGAAGACUGCAGUGAAGGGGGUCUCAAUGUUUGCUGGAUCAACGAGGGAGAUUAUAUCAAGGUCAAGGGAGUCGACUUUGGCGCUGGUGCGGCAUCGUAUGCUGCCUCCGUUGCCUCUGCGCUGGCUGGCGGCGAGAUUGAACUACGCAUUGGCAGCAUUGAUGGCACGCUCAUAGGCACUUGUUCUGUCCCUAGUACUGGGGGCUGGCAAAGCUGGGAAACUGUCACCUGUUCCGUCGAAGAUGCCGCCGAAGUGCAGGAUUUGUUCCUUGUUUUCCGUGGCAAUGGCAGUGAUCCAUUGUUCAAUAUUGAUUGGUGGCAGUUUUCUUGA